AUGCUAUCGCUUCCGGGAGCCAGAGAAAGACUCCAUCUGUUCAAAGCAGAUCUUUUGCGACAUGGCAGCUUUGACUCUGCUAUUAAAGGCUGCGAUUUCGUCAUCAACUUGGCCACUUCUCUAGAUUACCAGGGCGAUAUUGUGAACACUACGGUCGACGGAACGGUGGACAUUGUAAGAGCUUGCAAGAAAGCAAAAACUGUGAAACGAGUAAUCCAUACAUCUGCCAUUGUCGCAGCUUAUCCUGUUAAUGAAGACGGACAACUUAAGGAGGUUCUUGAUGAAUUCUGCUGGACUCCUGUUGAUUAUAUCAAAGGCAAAGACGGCUUUGCUGCAACGUAUGCCGUAUCCAAAACUUUGGCAGAGCAAGCAGCUUUGCGAUACGGAGUGGAGGAAGAGAUUGAAGUGGUAACAGUGUUGGUAGGAAUGGUGGGAGGUCCUUCUCUAACCCCCACAAUUCCCGGGAGCAUUCCAUUUAUGUUAGCGCCACUCACAGGUAAUUUACCCACUUUACUUAAAAUACAGAAACUUUUCGAGAAGAAAUUUGAUAGGAACGGUGCCAUUGGUCCACGUGGAAGAUUAUGCAGUGCCCAUAUAUAUUUGAUGGAGCACCCAUCUGCAGCAGGUCGAUAUGUGUGCUGUUCCGAUCCCGUGACCGUUGCUGGCAUGCUGGAAUUCUUUUGCAAACGAUAUCCUGAAUUCCCCUUGGCUUUUGGGAUUGAAGAGGAAGAAGAUGAGUCGAAGAAAGUAAUUGUACCAAUUUCUUCCAAGAAAUUGAUUGAUCUGGGAUAUUCGUACAAAUAUGAUAUGAAGGAAAUACUUAGUGACAGCAUCGAAUGUGCAAAACAAAUGAAACUCUUGUGA